UUUGCCCCCGACAACUUCUCCCGGCCGGCUCGCGGGCCCGGGACGCCGCCCCUCAGCCCCGCGCCGCUGGCCGGCCGGGCGCGUUCCCGCGGAGGGGCAGUCGCCGCGUCCCUGCCCACCCCGGCGUCCGGGGUGGCGGCCGCGCGGCAUGGCCGGCGGCGGCGCGGCGCCCCCUGAACUGGCGGGCCCGGGGCGGCCGCGGGGGAACCCGCCGGGCCCCGACCCUGGCGCCAGCCCACUGGGGCCCCAUGCGACGCCCGAGACCGUCAGCCCCGGCGCGAGGCGGUGGGCGGCAAAGUUCGGCCCCGGCGGCCGCGGAUGGUGGGCGCUGCUGGCGCUCCAGCUGCACUUGUUCCGGGCGCUGGCGCAAGAUGAUGUUGCACCAUAUUUUAAAACAGAGCCAGGCCUACCGCAGAUGCACCUGGAAGGGAAUCGCCUUGUCCUCACUUGCCUUGCAGAAGGGAGCUGGCCUUUGGAAUUCAAGUGGAUGCACAAUGACAGUGAGCUCACCACCUACAGCAGCGAAUAUAAGUAUGUUAUUCCAUCUUUACAGAAGCUCGAUGCUGGAUUUUACCGCUGUGUAGUGCGAAACAGGAUGGGUGCGCUCUUGCAGAGAAAAUCAGAAGUUCAAGUUGCAUAUAUGGGAAAUUUCAUGAAUACAGACCAAAGGAAGACUGUUUCACAAGGACAUGCAGCAGUUCUAAACUUACUGCCCAUCACCAGCUGUCCCAGACCUCAAGUGACUUGGUUUAGAGAAGGGCACAAGAUUAUUCCAAGCAGCAGAAUAGCCAUAACACUGGAGAAUCAGCUGGUGAUCCUUGCAACGACAGCAAGUGAUUCCGGGGCUUAUUACGUGCAGGCUGUCAAUGAGAGGAACGGAGAAAACAAGACAAGUCCUUUCAUUCAUCUGAGCAUAGCGAGAGACAUUGGCACACCUGAAGCUGUGGCCCCUGUCAUUGUGGUUGCCCCAGGCAACAGGAGUGUGGUGGCAGGAUCCAGUGAGACAACCCUGGAGUGCAUAGCCAAUGCCAGGCCUGUGGAAGAGCUGAGCGUGCACUGGAAGAGAAACGGAGUGAGACUCACCAGUGGGCUCCACAGCUUCGGGAGGCGCCUCACCAUCAGCAACCCCACCUCGGCCGACACGGGGCUCUAUGUCUGCGAGGCGAUGCUGCAGGGCAGUGCUUUUGAACCAGCCAGGGCGAAAGCCUUUCUUUCCAUCAUAGAGCCACCGUAUUUUACUGCUGAGCCUGAGAGUCGGAUUCUAGCUGAAGUGGAAGAGACUGUGGACAUUGCAUGUCGAGCCAUGGGGGUCCCUCUUCCCACCCUCUACUGGUAUAAGGAUGCUGUCUCCAUUAGCAAGCUCCAGAACCCUCGAUACACAGUGCUUCCCAGUGGAGGCCUGCGCAUCCAGAAGCUGUGUCCAGAAGACUCUGGAAUCUUCCAGUGCUUUGCCAGUAACGAAGGAGGGGAGAUCCAGACUCAUACCUACCUGGAUGUGACCAAUGUUGCCCCAGCGUUCAUCCAACGCCCAGUUGACACCACAGUUACUGAUGGGAUGACAGCUGUUCUCCGGUGCGAGGUGUCCGGGGCUCCCAAGCCCGCCAUCACAUGGAAGACAGGAAGCCAAAUUUUGGCCAGUGGCUCUGUCCGGAUUCCUAGGUUCAUGCUGCUGGAGUCCGGGGGUCUGCAGAUAACCCCUGUGUUCAUCCAGGAUGCUGGCAACUACACCUGCUAUGCAGCUAACACAGAGGGGUCCCUGGACGCAUCUGCAGCACUCACUGUGUGGAAUCGAACAUCCAUUGUUCACCCUCCCGAGGACCAAGUAGUGAUUAAGGGGACCACGGCCACACUGCACUGCGGAGCCACUCACGACCCCCGAAUCUCUCUACGUUACAUUUGGAAGAAGGAUAAUAUGGUCAUCACCCCAUCUGGCAGCUCUAGAAUUGUGGUGGAGAAGGAUGGGUCCCUCCUCAUUAGCCAAACCUGGUCAGGUGACAUCGGGGACUACACGUGUGAAAUCGUAUCUGAGGGUGGAAAUGAUUCCAGAACAGCCCGGCUGGAAGUGAUUGAGCUGCCUCACCCACCUCAGAACCUCCUGGCCACCCUGAGCUCCCGCAGCCACGCCGUGGUGCUCUCCUGGGUUCGGCCCUUCGAUGGGAACAGCCCUGUUCUUUACUAUAUUGUGGAGCUGUCCGAAAACAACUCUCCAUGGAAAGUGCAUCUGUCAAACGUUGGCCCUGAGAUGACAGGAAUCACCGUGGGUGGCUUGACUCCAGCCCGCACCUAUCAAUUCAGGGUGUGCGCAGUGAAUCAAGUGGGCAAGGGCCAGUACAGUGCAGAGACGAGCAGACUGAUGUUACCUGAAGAACCACCCAGUGCUCCCCCAAAAAACAUUGUGGCCAGCGGGCGAACCAACCAGUCCAUCAUGGUGCAGUGGCAACCACCCCCAGAAACAGAGCACAAUGGAGUGCUACGUGGGUAUAUCCUCAGGUACCGCCUGGCUGGCCUGCCUGGCGAACAUCAGCAGAGAAACAUCACCAGCCCAGAGGUGAACUACUGCCUGGUGACAGACCUGAUUAUCUGGACGCAGUAUGAGAUCCAGGUGGCUGCUUACAACGGGGCCGGCCUGGGAGUCUUCAGCAGGGCGGUGACCGAGUACACCUUACAAGGAGUGCCCACCGCGCCCCCGCAGAAUGUGCAGGCGGAAGCAGUGAACUCCACCACCGUGCAGUUCCUGUGGAACCCGCCCCCUCAGCAGUUCAUCAACGGCAUCAACCAGGGAUACAAGCUUCUCGCAUGGCCAGCAGAUGUCCCUGAGGCAGCCGCUGUGGUCACCAUUGCCCCAGACUUCCAUGGAAUCCACCACGGGUACAUAACAAACUUGAGGAAGUUCACUGCCUAUUUCACAUCAGUCCUGUGUUUCACCACCCCGGGCGAUGGGCCUCCAAGCACACCUCAGCUCGUGUGGACUCAUGAGGACAGACCAGGAGCUGUGGGACAUCUAAGCUUCACGGAGAUUCUGGACACAUCUCUCAAGGUCAGCUGGCAGGAACCCCUGGAGAAAAAUGGCAUCAUUACAGGCUAUCAGAUUUCCUGGGAGGUGUAUGGGAAGAAUGACUCUCGGCUCAUGCACACCCUCAAUAGCACAACACAUGAAUAUAAAAUCAAAGGACUGUCAUCCCUCACCACCUACACCAUUGAUGUGGCAGCCUUGACAGCAGCAGGGGUGGGCCUGGCCACCUCAUCCACCAUCUCUUCUGGAGUCCCCCCAGACCUUCCCGGGGCACCAUCCAACCUGGUCAUUUCCAACAUCAGCCCUCGCUCAGCCACUCUGCAGUUCCGGCCAGGCUAUGAUGGGAAGACAUCCAUCUCCAGAUGGAUUGUGGAGGGGCAGGUUGGAGCCAUUGGUGAUGAGGAGGAAUGGGUCAGCCUGUACGAGGAGGAGAACGAACCUGAUGCCCAGAUGCUGGAAAUCCCAAACCUCACGCCCUACACCCACUACAGAUUUCGAAUGAGGCAAGUGAACAUCGUUGGUCCAAGUCCCUUCAGUCAGUCAUCCCGGGUCAUCCAGACCCUGCAGGCCCCACCCGAUGUGGCUCCGACCAGCAUCACCGUCAGAACUGCUAGCGAGACCAGCCUGCGGCUGCGCUGGGUGCCCCUGCCCGAUUCCCAGUACAAUGGGAACCCUGAGUCCGUGGGCUACAGGGUUAAGUACUGGCGCUCUGACCUCCCCACUUCGGCACUGGCCCAAGUCGUCAGCGACCGGCUGGAGAGGGAGCUCACCAUCGAGGAGCUGGAGGAGUGGACGGAAUACGAGCUGCAGAUGCAGGCCUUCAACGCCAUCGGGGCCGGGCCCUGGAGUGAGCUGGUGCGGGGACGAACUCGGGAGUCAGUUCCCUCAGCAGCCCCGGAAAACGUGUCUGCCCAGGCCGUCAGCUCCACCCAGAUUUUACUGACGUGGGCAUCUGUCCCUGAACAGGACCAGAAUGGGCUCAUACUGGGUUACAAGAUUCUGUACCGAGCCAAAGACCUGGAUCCUGAGCCCCGAAGUCACACUGUGCGAGGAAACCACACGCGGUCAGCUCUGCUGGCCGGCCUGCGCAAGUUCGUGCUGUACGAGCUCCAGGUGCUGGCUUUCACCCGCAUAGGGAAUGGGGUCCCCAGCACACCCCUCAUCCUCGAGCGCACCAAAGAUGAUGCCCCAGGCCCUCCAGUUCGGCUGGUGUUCCCGGAGGUGAGGCUCACCGCAGUGCGGAUCGUGUGGCAACCCCCAGAGGAGCCCAACGGCGUGAUUCUGGGGUACCAGAUCGCCUACCGCCUGGCCAGCAGCAGCCCCCACACAUUCACCACUGUGGAGGUUGGUGCCACGGUGCGGCAGUUCACAGCCACCCAGCUGGCCCCGGAGUCUGCCUACAUCUUCAGGUUGUCCGCCAAGACGAGGCAGGGAUGGGGGGAGCCCCUGGAGGCCACGGUCAUCACCACGGAGAAGAGAGAGCGGCCAGCACCCCCCAGAGAGCUCCUGGUGCCCCAGGCGGAAGUGACAGCCCGCAGCCUCCGGCUCCAGUGGGUCCCAGGCAGUGAUGGGGCCUCCCCCAUCCGGUACUUCACCGUGCAAGUUCGGGAGCUGCCCAGGGGAGAGUGGCAGACCUACUCCUCAUCCAUCAGCCACGAGGCCACAGCCUGUGCAGUUGAAAGGCUGAGGCCCUUCACCUCCUACAAGCUGCGCCUGAAGGCUACCAAUGACAUCGGGGACAGCGACUUCAGUUCAGAGACGGAGGCGGUCACCACACUGCAGGACGUUCCAGGAGAGCCUCCAGGGUCUGUCUCAGCAACCCCACACACCACCUCCUCGGUCCUGAUCCAGUGGCAGCCUCCCCGGGUCGAGAGCCUGAAUGGCCUCCUCCAGGGUUACAGGAUCUACUACCGGGAGCUGGAGGCCGAGGUGGGCUCAAGCCCCGAGACCAAGACGCUCAAAAGCCCCUCCGCCUUGCGCGCAGAGCUCGCAGCCCAAAGCAGCUUCAAGACCGUGAACAGCAGCUCCACGUUAACAACGUAUGAAUUAAGACACUUGAAGAAGUACAGGCGCUAUGAAGUUAUCAUGACCGCCUACAACAUCAUUGGUGAGAGCCCUGCUAGCACACCUGUGGAAGUCUUCGUUGGGGAGGCCGCCCCAGCGAUGGCCCCGCAGAACAUCCAGGUUACCCCGCUCACGGCCAGCCAGCUGGAGGUCACAUGGGACCCGCCACCCCCAGAGAGCCAGAAUGGGAACAUCCAGGGUUACAAGAUCUACUACUGGGAGUCAGACAGGCAGAAUGAAACAGAGAAAAUGAAGGUCCUCUUCCUCCCCGAGCCCACAGUGAAGCUGAAGAACCUGACCAGCCACACCAAGUACAUGGUCAGCAUAUCUGCCUUCAACGCUGCCGGCGACGGGCCCAAGAGUGACCCUCGACAAGGGCGCACCCAUCAGGCCGCUCCUGGAGCCCCCAGCUUCUUGGCAUUCUCGGAAAUAACCUCCAGCACACUCAACGUGUCCUGGGGGGAGCCAGUGGCAGCCAAUGGUGUCCUUCAGGGCUAUCGCGUGGUGUAUGAACCCUUGGCACCUGUCCAAGGGGUGAGCAAGGUGGUGACAGUGGACGUGAAAGGGAACUGGCAGCGCUGGCUGAAGGUGCGGGACCUCACAAAAGGAGUGACCUAUUUCUUCCGUGUCCAAGCACGGACCAUUACCUACGGGCCCGAGCUCCAGGCCAAUGUCACAGCUGGGCCAGCAGAGGGGUCCCCAGGCUCCCCUAGAGACAUCUCGGUCACCAAAUCUGCUUCUGCACUGACUCUGCAGUGGACGGAGGGCCCUGCAGGCCACACACCCACCACAGGCUACGUCAUAGAGGCCAGGCCCUCAGAUGAAGGCCUGUGGGACGUGCUUGUGAAGGACAUUCCCCGGAGCGCCACGUCCUACACCGUCAGCCUGGACGAGCUCCGGCAAGGAGUGACUUAUGAAUUCCGGGUGGUGGCCGUGAACAAGGCUGGCUACGGGGAGCCCAGCAGCCCCUCCGUGGCCGUGUCAGCUAAAGUGGAGGCCCCGUUCUAUGAGGAGUGGUGGUUCCUGCUGGUGAUGGCCCUCUGCAGCCUGAUCGUCGUCCUGCUGGUGGCGUUCUCCCUGGUCCUGCACGGACAGAGCAAGAAGUACAAGAACUGCAGCGCAGGUAAGAGCAUCUCCAACAUGGAGGAGUCCGUGACCCUGGAUAAUGGAGGAUUUGCUGCCCUGGAGCUCAACAGCCGCCACCUCAAUGUCAAGAGCACCUUCUCCAAGAAGAAUGGGACCAGGUCCCCCCCACGACCAAGUCCUGGUGGCCUGCACUACUCAGAUGAGGACAUCUGUGACAAGUACAACGGCACCGCACUGACGGAGGGCGGGAGCCUCCAGGGGAAGGCGACGGGCGCGUCAGAGUCUGAGGCCUCCGACUCGGACUACGAGGACACGCUGCCCAAGCACUCCUUCGUCAACCACUACAUGAGCGACCCCACCUACUACAACUCCUGGAAGCGGAGGCCCCCGGCCGCGCCCCACAGGUACGAGGCGGUGGCGGGGGCCGAGUCGGGCCCACACCUGCACACGGUCAUCACCACGCAGAGCGCGGGCGGCGUCUACACGCCCGCGGGCCCCAGCGCCAGGGCCCCGCUCACCGGCUUCUCCUCCUUCGUGUGACACGGCGCCUCCAUCAGGGUAGAACCGCCGCGGACCUUCCGGAGUCUAUUUUUGUUAAGACAAUCAACUCUGAUAACUGAGCUGAAGUUUUUGUUUAAAAAAAAAAAAUCUGAUAAGCGAUGAUUUUACCUACCGUGAACACUAGGUUUCACUUAGGAAGGUUUUUUUAUGGCUUUUU